AUGGUAGCAACAAAUAGUAAAGGUAGUAUUAGUAAUAAAUUAAGUGUAAAAUUAGUUAUUCUUAUGUCACAUUUGUAUCGACGUGAUGAUAAACAUGUUAAAAAAGAAAGUUUAAAACGAAUUAGUAAAGAUGUAACAUUAUUAAAUGACUGUGUUGGUGAUGAAGUUGAACGUGUAGUUAAUGAAGUUAUUAUACUUAAAAAUCUUCGAUUUUAUCUUUAA